UAUCAAAACCUUGUGUCAUCUACUCAACGUGUGGUUUUAGAGGUAGAGAAGUUCUCCCACCUUGUUCUUCCUUUUGUUGGGUCCUCCUUUACUUCAUUGACCAUAAGAGAAAGAAACGGCUAGGAUCUCGCGUACGCAACUGGCGCAGACAAAUCAGGACCGUUAAAAGUAACGCGUCCAAAUAUCUCAGUGUCCCAUCUUUGUCCCCUUGCCUCUCACUUGCCCCCUCAUCCUCCCGACAACGUCAUAAUUCCCAUCUCCCUCCCCUUUAACCCUAAUUUCAAUGCACGUCUCAAUGUAUAAACUUAUCUCUCUCCCUCCCCCAUUUCUCAAAACCCAAGAAAAAAAACUCCAUACCAUUUCAAGAAUCUUAUCACAAACCCAUCAAGAAGAAGAAAUAUAAGCUAAAGAAGAGAUUGUAAGUUUGAAAUAAGAAGUAACAAGCGUCCGAGUGAGAGUAUGGCGUAUGAAGAAGUCAUCAAUGAGCUUAACCUUAAGGACACAGAGCUUCGUUUGGGAUUGCCCGGAACAGAUGAACAAGCAGAGGUUUCUUGCGUCAAAAGCAACAAACGUCAGUUUCAUCAAAGCAACGACGAGCACAAUCUAAAAGAAGAAUAUCCACCUCCUCCUGCCAAAACACAAAUCGUUGGCUGGCCACCAGUGAGAUCGAACCGGAAGAACAACAACAAAAGUGUGAGUUAUGUGAAAGUGAGUAUGGACGGAGCUCCAUAUCUGCGUAAGAUAGAUCUCAAGAUGUACAAAAACUAUCAUGAGCUUCUAAAAGCACUAGAGAACAUGUUCAAGUUCACAAUUGGUGAAUAUUCUGAGAGAGAAGGAUACAAAGGAUCUGGAUUUGUACCGACUUAUGAAGACAAAGAUGGAGAUUGGAUGUUGGUGGGUGAUGUUCCAUGGGACAUGUUCUCUUCAUCUUGCCAAAAACUCAGAAUCAUGAAACGAUCCGAAGCUCCUGCCUUUUGAUCCUCUGUUUUCAAGGAAACCCUUUUUGUUUUUGGUAAAAGUUCCUCUUAGAGUCUCCUACUUAAUUUCGAAAUCUUUUAAGAAAAAGAGAAGUUGUGUACAAUAGGAAUAGACUGAUCGACAUAGUUUCAAAUAGUUGUAACAGUAGGUUGUUAAUUCUGUUAUACCAGUUUUGAUUAUAUAAGUUUAUACUAUAUGAUAAUCUUAUGCGA